AUGGGAGGAGAAGAUACAGCCGAGCCACACGACCUACCAAGGGAAUCCCUCAUCGAUCGAACCACCCUGUGCUUGCCCAACUACACCACUGGUUCCGUCAUCUAUGGAGGGGAGAAGGGCUUCAAGGAUGCUCUGCGCCGCUACUUCCCCGCCGCCGAGAGUAACGCAUCGGAGCGGCUCGUCGAGCUCAAGGCGAAACUGCGCGAGGCAUCGACACAAGAUUUCUGGGGCAUCCUGUUGGAGGAGAUGUGCGAGAUCAUGGGCUCCCAGUGCGGCUUCGUAGCCAAACGCAUGCUCGUCGACGAUCAGGACGGCGCCGUCAAGAUGCCUGAGCUCGGCGAACCCGGGUCAAGCUUGAUGGGCGUUGCCUUCUACAUCAACAACGGCACCGGGAUCAAGGAGACGUAUCGGGACUACCGCUACCAGGCCUUUGGGACUCCCUGCGCUCACAUGAAGCACGAUAAAGUCUUCAUCAUCCCGGAGAGGAUGGACGAGUUUCUCCCCGAUAAUCCGAACGCCAUGCCCUGGAAACGAUCAGAAGCGUUCAUCAGUCUGCCGCUGUUCCAUGAGGGCAAGUGUUUUGCCCAUUUUGGCGUGCUGUGGAACUCGGAUGGGGCUAGCAAGCGAAACCUGAGCUGGCCUUUCAUUGAGAUGUUCAUGCAUUCUCUCGAGGACAUGAUCUUGCAGCGUAUCCUGGAAGGGGGAGCAUCGGCGACGGAAGUCGUCGUCGCCGCUGCACCAGGAUCAACAACAGCCAAGAUAAUCCCGCUUUCGGCAAUCGCGGCCCCUCAGUCGCUCCAGCCCUACGCGCGCAGUCUCUCACACGAGCUGAGGACACCGAUGCAAGGCGUUGUCGGCAUGCUAGACAUCAUGUAUGCAACAGUCCUCGAUGCCAUCGCGGACAAGCAAAAUGAUGCGGCACGAGCUGUCUUCGCAGACCUCAAGACUCACAUCGAGAUAGUGCAAGAUAGCUCCAAGAGAGCCGUGGAAGCUGCGGAUAACGUUGUCUACGCCUAUGAUCUCAACCUCCAGAUGCCAGAUACUCCUCUGACUCCAGUCGAGCCGGAUGAGCAACCUGUAUGCAUCCCUAUCACGGCAUCAUCUCGUGCUGGAUGCCCUAGUGGGAAGCGUACGCGUGAGCAUGAUGCAGACACGGACUGCCCCGAUCCUGGGCCACCGCCGAAGCGGAUGUUCACGAUGACGAGGGGAUCCGAAAUCACCGAUUCAUACUUCCUCGUAGACCCGAGGGCCUUCCCGGCCGCUUGCCCAAGCAUAACGGUUACAGAACAUCACCACCUGCCAGCCAGGGUCACAUCAGAAUUCGAUCUCCCGACCGAAGAGGCAGGCUCUGACGAGAAGCCGGGCGGUCCGGUCACCGCACCAGCCCUGAUCAGCACGACUCAUCGUCGAGUCAUCACCCGCGAUUUCAUGCGGGGUCUGGUCAAUGAAGCCUUGCGGAACGGUCAUCCGACGAGUGAGGUGCACACUCAGACGGACCUGGGGGAGACGAUCGAGGUCAGGAAUCUAGGAUCCAGGGGCCAAGUGCAGGAGAGAACGAUCUACUUGAAGAUUGAGCGGGACGUUCCCGAGGUCAUCAUAACCGAAGAGCAGCAUCUGCAGUUCUCGCUGCAGAAGAUCAUCGACAACGCCAUCAAAUUUACCGAGAGCGGCAGUAUUACGAUCACGGUUCAGCUGGGUAAGCAGCUACCAGUUGUGGAGAUAUGGGUCGCCGAUACGGGAUGUGGGAUCGCCGAAGAGUCGCAGCGAUCCCUCUUCCAGCCUCAUUUCCAAGAAGACGCCUCGAUAAGCCGGUCAAAAGAUGGACUCGGUCUGAGUCUGUUCAACGCCAAGGCACACGUGCGGAAGAACCUGGGUGGCGACGUGACCCUGGAACGGUCGGCCACAGACGGCCCCUCCAGAGGAUCCGAAUUUCUCAUCCGUCUACCAAUCUCCUCGGUGGAAGCCGGAUCCACCAGGACACCGUUGGUGGGGACCCCUCCGUCGCCGGGCCAGAGGACCUGCUGGCCCGGACCUUGGGCCGACCAGGAGGCCGCCCAGGGGAAAGCCGCCUUGAAACGGACCCCCUCGGAAACGACAGCCAACUUUGCCAUCACGCCAACAAGGCAGGGCAGCCCUCUGCCCUCUCCCCGCAGACGGGCAACCUUCAAUCGGAAGCUUGCCACGGAAUAUCCUCUGCGGAUCUUGAUCGCCGAGGAUAAUGCCAUCAACCGGGACGUCGCCAUGGGUUCCCUCAACAAGUUGGGAUACUCAAAGGACAACAUCACGGUGGCGGUUGACGGGGUGGAGGCAGUUCGGCACUUUACAGCGUCGCUUUCAAAAUCCCCGGAGCAAGGCUUCGAUAUGAUCCUCAUGGAUAUAUGGAUGCCCCAUAUGGAUGGGUAUGAAGCGACGAAGAAGAUCAUGGAUCUAGCGAAGGAGAAGGGGGCGACGACGAAGAUCAUCGCCGUGACGGCGGACAUAACGGGGAGCUGCAUCAACCGAGCCAAGGGGGCCGGCAUGCAAGGAUUCCUUCCCAAGCCGUACAAGGUACUCGACAUCGAGCACCUGAUCGUGGAUCAUUUUGGGAGAGGCAUAGACGAGACACGGGAUGGGUGA